GGAGAUUUUAAAAUCAUGUGAUUAUAGAACAUUGGCCAUUGGGGAUGGAGGGAAUGAUGUAAGAAUGAUACAACAAGCUGACAUUGGAGUUGGAAUCAGUGGGAGAGAGGGGAUGCAGGCAACAAGAGCAGCUGAUUAUAGUAUUGGGAAGUUUAGGUUUCUGAAAAGAUUAAUACUUGUCCAUGGAUGUUACUCAUACAAUCGUACAGCAUUUCUAUCCCAGUAUUCAUUUUACAAGUCUCUGGUGGUUUGUUUCAUCCAGAUCUUCUUCUCUUUUGUUUCAAGUGUCUCAGGGACUAGUCUUUUUAAUUCUGUUAGCUUGAUGGCUUAUAAUGUUUUCUACACUAGUGUUCCUGUUCUAGUCAGUGUCACGAAUUAAUUUGAGAAGUAACUAUCACAUUUUGUGUUAGGGCACCACUAAAUUAAUGAAUC